GGUGAAGGUUUGAAUAUAAAUUUAAUUUGCAAAGAAUUAGUUGUUUGAUUUGUAUUUAUUUCUCUUGUACUAGUUGAUAGUAUUAGAAUUAAAAUUCUAGAAAAAGAUUUGAGUAGAUUUCUUAUGCAUUUUAUAUAUGUCAUAUGGCUUUUCAUCUGGGCUGGGAUCAUAACAGCAGAAACCCAUACUUUCCAUUUCAAUGUUUCAUAUGUGACAGCUAAUCCAGAUGGACUUCUAGAUAGGCGAAUGAUAGGUAUUAAUAAUCAUUGGCCAAAUCCUACUAUACGGGUAAAGAAAAAUGAUAGAGUUGAGAUAUAUUUAACUAACUUCUUGGAAAAUAGAAAUACAUCUUUACAUUUUCAUGGAUUAUUUCAAAAGGAUACCAAUGCAAUGGAUGGUCCAGAAAUGGUUACUCAAUGUCCAAUUCCUCCAGGUGAAACCUUUCUUUAUAAUUUCACAGUUACAGAUCAAGUAGGUACUUAUUGGUAUCACUCCCAUUCUGGUUCACAAUAUGGUGAUGGAUUAAGAGGGGUCUUCAUUAUUGAAGAUGAUGAUUAUCCAUUCGAUUUCCAACAAGAUUCCGUGUUGACCGUUGGAGAACACUAUCAUAAAGAAACCCCAGCGAUUAUGAAAUCUUUUAUGAGUAGAUACAAUCCCACUGGAGCGGAGCCAAUUCCUCAAAAUAUUUUGUUCAAUGAGACGAAUAAUGUGACAUGGACUUUAAAUCCUGGUGAAACGACCCUAUUGAGGAUCGUUAACGUUGGUUUAUUUGUAGCUCAUUACAUUUAUAUUGAAGAUCAUACCUUAACUAUUGUUGAAAUUGAUGGAGGUUAUGUUGAACAAGUUGAAGUAGAUUCAAUUUAUAUUGCGCCUGGACAACGUUAUUCAGUUUUAAUUCAGGCUAAGAAGAGCCCACAACAAAAUUACAGAUUCAUAUGUGUUUUAGAUUAUGAGAUGUUGGAUUUAAUUCCUUCUGAUUUACAGCUUGUUUCCACUAAUUGGGUACAAUAUACUAAUACUAAGGAACUCCCAGGUUCAAUUGGGAAUGAUUAUAAGAAAAUAAUUGAAUCCUUACAUCCUGCUGAAGAGUUUAAUUUGAUCCCAUUGGAAAAGGUUCCUUUAUAUCCUGAGCCAGACUAUACUAUAGAACUUAAUUUUACUAUGGAAGUUUUAGGUGACGGGAUCACCUACGCUCUUUUCAACGGUAUAUCUUAUGUUCCACCAAAAGUUCCUACUUUAAUGACUGUAUUAUCAGGUGGAGAAUAUAGUACAGUAAAAGAGAUUUAUGGAUCCAACACAAAUUCAUUCGUACUUCAACCUAAUGAAGUAGUUGAAAUUAUUUUAAAUAAUAUGGAUCCUGGAAAGCAUCCAUUCCAUUUACAUGGACAUACAUUUCAAACUAUAGUUAAAUCUAAAUCUGGGGAAAAUGAAGAUGAACCAUUAAUCUACAACCCAGAAAAUGCCACUUUCCCAGAAUAUCCUAUGAUUAGAGAUACAGUUCAAACAAACCCUAAUGGUCAUAUAGUAAUAAGGUUUAAAGCUGAAAAUCCUGGGGUAUGGUUUUUUCAUUGUCAUGUGGAUUGGCAUUUAGAGCAGGGUUUAGCGAUAACAUUAAUUGAGUCGCCAUUAAUUACCCAGGAAAAACAAACUUUAAUUGACAAUCAUAAAAAUGUCUGCGAAUCGGCAAAAAUUCCCGUCCAAGGUAAUGCGGCAGGUAAUUUUGGUAGCUCCAAGAAAUCAUGGUUAAAUUUACAUGGUGAAAACGUACAAUUCUCACCAUUACCUGUCGGAUUUACCUUAAAAGGUUACAUCGCCAUGGCAUUAUGCACGUUUGUCGCAUUAUAUGGGGUAUUUUCAAUCUACAAAUAUGGUAUGGAAGAUGUUAAUAGCGACAAUAUUGAAAAUAAAAUUGAAAAAUUGCAUAAAUUAUUGGCCGAUUGUGGAGAAACCGAUGAAUCAGCUAUGUUCAAUCUUAACAGUAACGGUGAGGCGGUCAAUCAGUAAAUUAUUUGUUUUAUAAAUAUUUAUUUCUUGACUCAUUUAAAUAGUUUAAUUAAUUUUUCAGAUAUAUAAAAGGUACAAUUCCUAUUUGAAAAAUUGCGAAUAAACCUUUUUCCCCAGUGUAAAGGAAAUGUGUGAUUACGUCGUAGUAGGGUAUGUAUCUAUGAAAAUGUUUGAGAGUUAGGAAAAACUUUUAUACUAAUAU